AGUGGGGACACAGGGACAGGCACCGAGGACAGAGGUGCCCGCCUGUCAAAAUGCCCAUCCUGAAGAGCCUAGGGGUGGCAGACCCUAAGGUGCCCCGGGCAGGGACUCUGCCCCUGAGGUCCUCUCGGAACCCCUUCGAGGACAUUCCAGGGCUGGAAGAAGAAUCUGGGGAGCUGGGGACUCUGCCCAAUGGAACGUCUUGUCACCGCCGCGCCACCCUGGAGAAGCUGGCAGGCUUGUCCCCUUUCCGGCUGGGCUGGGCCCCAGGCCGACGGGUAGGCAGUCCCGGGGAUGGGCCACCGCGCUCCUUCCUGGGCCGCGUGCUGCCCCCGGGGCUCCGAAGGAGCUCAGCAGACUUUGGCCUCCUGGCCCGGCUGCAGGGGACACGCGCCCACAGUGACGAGGAGGGGCCUGGGGAGGCUGCCCGGAGACUGGCCUUCCUGCGCCUGGGGCGUGGGCCCAAGCCUCGGCGGGCAUCCCUGGCUGAGAGGGUGGUCCCAGCCGGGGAAGCUGCUCCUGAGCCCCCACCCAAGGUCCCAGAGCCCCCAAAGAUGAAGGAGCCAUUGUCAGUGCUGGAGAUCCUGAGCUUGAUCCAGCAGCGCGAGCUGGCGCGGGCCGACGAGCACAUCUUGGAGCUGGAGGCGGAGGAGCUGGCGUCGUCGGGGGGCGCGCCAGGGCCGCCGGUGGCUGAGGGCGCGAGCGGGGGCCGCCGAGCGCGGGACGUGGCGCUGCUGUACGAGGCCCUGCAGCGCGAGCUGUGGGCGCUGGUGCGCGAGACGCUGGCGGGACCCGGGCCCGGCGCGGGCGCAGGGGCGGGCGCAGUGGCGCAGCUGGGCCAGGUGCUGGUGCAGGAGGAGGCGGCCGAUGGGCGCCGGGGGCCCGGGGCGGCCCGCAAGCUGCGCGCCCGCUGGGCGGAGGCCGUGGCCCGAGCCGCGCGAGAGCGCCUGGAGGCGGCAGCGCCCGGGGCGCCCGGGGGCCUGGCCGGGCAGCUGGAGGCUCUGCGGGCGCGGCUGCUGGAGGACAUGGCCGUGGUGCGCGGCCGCCUGGCACCCGCCUACCCCGCCGGCCUGGGCGCUUUUGGCGUCUACCUGCGCGGCUAUCACGGCGCACUGGCAGAGUGGCUGGGGGCCUCCGCCCGCCGGAGGCUGCCGCUGGCGGACCGCUACGCCCUGCUGCACUGGCACAAUCAGGUGUACCCCAGGUGA